AUGCCGAUGGGAAAGCAUGAAGACCGCAUACUUGAUUGCAGUAUUCCACUAGUAAUCAAGGAUAUCAAGGGCAAGAGUGUCAUCAUGGCCGGAGGAAAGGGGUGUUUCGUUCGAUGCGAUGUAAGGGUUUUGGAGGAGCAGGUUCGCCUGUUCGAGAUGGCUAUCAUGAAUUCCCCGAGCAGCACUUGCGACAUUGUCAUUGCAAAUGCUGGGAAAGCUGGACCCGAUGGAUUGUUUGGGGACGAUGAUGAGGACAAAUUCGCUUUCACCCUCGAGAUUAGACCCCAUCAAAUUUUGCCGCGCAUUAUGACCGUGGUUUUGAGAAUUAGAAGCCCUUAA